AUGCGCCAGCUGCGCGCCUUGAUCCUGGCGUGUUCCCUGCUCGCCGCAGCGCUGCUCCCGGGUCCGCGCCACGCGCCGGCCGCCGCCACCGCCCUCGAGUCGGGACUCGGCUUCUCGGACACGGAGCCGGAGGAGGGCGAGACCAAGGCUUAUGCGGGCAAAGAUCUGGAGGAGCAGCUGCGGGCGGUGUCUAGUGUGGAUGAGCUCAUGACUGUUCUCUACCCGGAGUACUGGCAAAUGUACAAGUGUCAGUUACGGAGAGGAGGCUGGCGACAGAGUGAAGAACAGCCCAGCGUCAAUACAAGGACAGAAGGCACUAUAAAAUUUGCCGCCGCACAUUAUAAUGCAGAGAUCUUGAAAAGUAUUGAUUAUGAGUGGAGAAAGACUCAAUGCAUGCCACGUGAGGUGUGUGUGGAUGUGGGGAAGGAGUUUGGAGCAGCCACAAACACCUUCUUUAAACCUCCAUGUGUGUCCGUCUACAGAUGUGGGGGCUGCUGCAACAGCGAGGGGCAUCAGUGCAUGAACGCCAGCACAGGCUACCUCAGCAAGACGUUGUUUGAAAUUACAGUGCCUCUCUCUCAAGGCCCCAAACCAGUAACAGUCAGCUUUGCCAAUCACACUUCCUGCCGGUGCAUGUCUAAGCUGGACGCUUACAGACAAGUCCACUCAAUUAUUAGACGUUCCCUGCCAGCAACACUGCCGCAGUGCCUGGCCGCCAACAAGACAUGCCCGGCAAAUCACACGUGGAGCACCCACGCCUGCAGGUGCCUUGCUCAGGAAGACUUUAUUUUUGCCUCUAGCGCUGGAGACGACUCCGCGGACGAAUUUCAUGGCAUCUGUGGACCCAACAAGGAGCUGGAUGAAGAGACUUGUCAGUGUGUCUGCAAAGAGGGGCUUCGGCCUUCCAGCUGCGGACCCCACAGGGAACUGGACAGGGACUCAUGCCAGUGUGUCUGUAAAAACAAACUUUUCCCCACCUCGUGUGGGCCCAACAGAGAAUUUGAUGAAACCACCUGUCAGUGCGUGUGUAAAAGAACCUGCCCGAGAAACCAGCCCCUCAACCCUGCGAAAUGCGCCUGUGAAUGUACAGAAAACCCACAGAAAUGCUUCUUAAAAGGAAAGAAGUUUCAACAUCAAACAUGCAGUUGUUACAGACGGCCGUGCACCAACCGGCUGAGGCAUUGUGAGCCGGGACUCGCGUUCAGCGAAGAGGUGUGCCGCUGUGUCCCCACGUACUGGAAAAGACCGCACGCGAACUGA